AUGGCUCAGGUGCAGGUUCAGCCUUCGGUUAUGAAUGUGAAUGUGAAUGCUGCUGCUCCCGGCGGCGGUGCUGGCGGCGCGAAUCAGUUCGUGCCGACUUCUCUCUAUGUCGGUGACCUGGAUGUGAACGUGAGCGAUUCACAGCUCUAUGAUCUGUUCAACCACGUCGCCCAGGUUGUUUCCGUUAGGGUUUGCAGGGACUUGACCACUCGGCGGUCACUUGGUUAUGGUUAUGUCAAUUAUGGGAAUCCUCAAGAUGCUUCUCGGGCAUUAGAGGUGCUGAAUUUCACUCCCCUCAAUGGGAAGCCCAUACGAGUGAUGUACUCGCAUCGGGACCCAAGCAUACGCAAAAGUGGGGCAGGAAACAUAUUUAUUAAGAAUUUGGACAAGGCUAUUGAUCACAAAGCCUUGCAUGAGACUUUUUCUGUUUUUGGAAAUAUUCUCUCCUGCAAAGUGGCAACAGAUGCCUCUGGUCAAUCGAAGGGCUAUGGAUUUGUCCAGUAUGACAGUGAUGAAGCUGCUCAAAAGGCUAUUGAGAAACUCAAUGGUAUGCUGCUUAAUGAUAAGCAGGUGUACGUUGGACCCUUCCUCCGGAAGCAGGAAAGGGACAUGGCUGUUGACAAGGCUAAAUUUACCAAUGUUUUUGUGAAGAAUCUCUCAGAAACAACAAAUGAGGAAGACCUUAAGAAAACAUUUUCUGAAUUUGGAACAAUCACUAGUGUUGCCAUAAUGAAGGAUGAAGAUGGAAAAUCUAAGUGCUUUGGAUUUAUCAAUUUUGAGAAUCCUGAGGAUGCAGCUAAAUCAGUUGAAGCUCUCAAUGGCCACAAGUUUGAUAACAAGGAGUGGUUUGUUGGAAAAGCCCAGAAGAAAUCAGAAAGAGAACAAGAACUGAAACUUCGCUUUGAACAAAGUGUCAAGGAGGCCGCUGAUAAAUCGCAGGGUCUGAACCUUUAUAUAAAAAAUUUAGAUGACAGCAUCAAUGAUGAAAAGCUUAGGGAACUGUUCUCUUCCUUUGGGCAGAUAACCUCAUGCAAGGUUAUGCGAGACCCCAGUGGCAUCAGCCGAGGAUCUGGUUUUGUUGCCUUCUCAACUCCUGAAGAAGCUUCAAGAGCUCUUUCUGAAAUGAAUGGAAAGAUGGUUGUUAGCAAGCCUCUCUUUGUUGCUCUUGCACAAAGAAAGGAAGAGAGAAGAGCAAGGUUGCAGGCUCAGUUUUCGCAAUUGCGUCCAGUUGCAAUUGGACCUGUUGCACCUCGUUUACCAAUGUAUCCCCCUGGUGGUCCCGGUCUAGGGCAACAGAUAUUUUAUGGACAACCACCACCGGCCAUUAUUUCUUCCCAGGCUGGUUUUGGUUAUCAGCAGCAACUUGUACCUGGUAUGAGGCCUGGUGGGGCUCCAAUGCCCAACUUUUUCAUGCCAAUGGUUCAGCAAGGGCAGCAAGGACCUCGUCCUGGUGGCCGGCGUCCUGGUGGCCCAGUGCAGCAGGGACAACCUCCUGUUCAACUCAUGCAGCAACAGGUUCCUGCUUUUGUUAAUCUUGUGAGGCACUAGUUUUGUGCAGAUAUUUAUAUUUGAUUGUUUUUAUUGCAGAUGCUUCCUAGGGGACGUGGCUUCCGCUAUCCUCAAGGCCGUCCCAUGCCUGAUGCCUCCAUGCCAGGUGUUGCAGGAGGCAUACUUCCAUAUGAUAUGGCUGGCAUGCCAAUGCGUGAGGUUGGUGUGUCCCUGCCGGUUCCAAUUGGCGCCUUGGCUUCUGCUCUUGCAAAUGCAUCUCCUGCUGAUCAGAGGACGGUAGGUGGAUUAUUUGAGCCGGUCUUUCCUUACAUCAUCUGCCCUUCAUUCAAUUUUUUAUAUUCUAAAAAAUAAGUUUGUCAUCACUACCUUUUUGCUUAGGAAAGAUAAAUUGCACUGUCCUUUACAUGUUGGUUAACAGAAAUUGACUUACUUCUAGACCCAAAAAACCCGAGGGAGAUUUACUUGUGGUUUCACUAUUGAUUCAUUUAAUUUCUUAGUUUCAUGCAAACAUCUGGCUCUAUAAUUUGCUUCGUAUGUUCUGUCACAUUCUAUUGUAAUUUGUGAGAGCAAAAUUAGUUAUGAAUCAUGACACCCAACAUUGUGAGUGUUGCGCUCCCCGCCCUGCCCUAGGCUAAAUAUUAUGCUUUGGCUGCAGAUGUUGGGUGAGAAUUUAUACCCGCAGGUUGAACAGUUGGAGCCUGACACAGCAGCUAAGGUCACUGGCAUGCUUUUGGAGAUGGAUCAGACCGAGGUUCUCCACCUGCUCGAGUCACCCGAAGCUCUGAAAGCCAAAGUUGCGGAGGCUAUGGAAGUCUUACGGAAUGUUUCUCAACAGCAGCAGGGAAGCUGUCCAGCUGACCAAUUGGCCUCCUUGACCUUGAAUGAUGGUUUAGUUUCUUAAUGUUUACUUGGAAGUUUGAAUCUUAUGGACGGCCAUUUUACAUGUGCACCUUGAUUUGGACAAGUUUGUUUUGAGACUAAUCCAAGUUCUUUGUAAUGGGGUUGCAACUUAAAUCUUUGCUCCUUUUGCUAUUGGUUUCCUUUGUGCUUUUUUUUGGUUGAGUGGUCUAAUCUUGGGCAAAGUAAUUGGCAUUGGUUAUUGUAAGUGGUGGUAAGAAAUGUUGACAUUUGAAGUUGUGUUCAGGAGUGUAUAUAUAAAAUCAACCCCAGGGGCAAAGGUCUGAGUGAAGCAACUUUUGUGUAGACUCAUCUUAUGUACGUAGUCUACAGCUCCAAUGUGUAUAUAACGGACUAAUCGAUUGACUACAGUCGAUAACCUCUAGGAGCCUCAACUUUUAAUAUUACAGUAUAAUCGAACUCGGGUGACUGGGGCAAGAUUACAUAAAUUAGGAAGCUAAUUGCGUGUAUGGUGAGCAAUCUAAAGAGAAAGCGGCUUGCUUAAAGGUGGGAGAUACAACUAAUUUCAGAUUGCUAUGUCAAAAAUAGUCCUACGUUUUAUACUAGAUGAUUCAAAACACAAAUUCCACUUCAAAUUAUUCUUGUAGAUCUCAAUGCCCCUAUUUUAAUUAUCUCCGGCAAAAUUCACAUGUGCACUAAUCCAAAGACCAACUAUUUCUCUAUUCACAAUUUACAACCAACCCGCCCACCUCAAAAGGAAGGAAAGGGAAAUGCUUGCAUACAGGAUCUUAAGAAUAAAUGACUUCAUAUUCAUAUUUUACAUAAGCAACCCUCAAAGACGCCAAAGUCAGCAACUAAAUCUUGAUUAUUAGGCAUCUUGUUGUGCUACAUGCCUCUGUCUAAGCCCGACAUCCACAGCUACCCUUUCAUUUUCACUAAAGCUUGAGCUUUGUGCAUUUGCUGCUUCCAAGGAAUCUCCGGCUGCUACAUUUUGUCGCUCCACACCUUCACCAUAGUUGUGAAGUCUCCGGCCGAUCAAGUAUCGGUCAUCCCGUAUGGAAUUGUGCAAGUUUGUGAACCAAACAUGGAAUCUCUUUGCACAGUACCACAACAAACCCAAACCAAGACAACCCAACCAGGCAAAUCGAUAUACAGCUGAGUUGACUACCAAAGCGUACCCAAAAACGGGAAACAAACCUCUGGAUAAAACAUAAGGAACACACAAAGCAGUAAGCAACUUCAUAAUAAUAGGAAAGACUAUCUCUCUGAGCACCCAUAAUCCUUGCAGCCUAGAAAAACCGUUCUCCCUGACUCUUUCAAAUUUUAAUCGCCAACUCUCGUCCACAAAUGGCAGAACUUGAUCCAGGGUAACCUGUGGGUAAGAAAAAUCAGAGGUGUAAACAAGUAAGAUCACUUGAACAUGAUCCACGUUCACAUAUAUACUGGUACCUCAGGGUAACAUCCCAUUUCGUUUUAAGAAGAUGCAAAACCAAACACGCAGCAAGAAAAUCAAAACAAAAAGCAUGUCAUAUUGCUCUAUUGAACUUGUCAAAGGCGUACUAUUUUCAGCUUCAAAAUUAGUAGUUACAUCUCUUCUCUAAUUCCAUUAGCAUUGCUAUAAAGUUUUUUGAACUCAAACAACUGCAUAUUGAUUAACAGUAGAUCCUAAGCGCUGACACUUCAAAAAAAAGAUCGCUUCACAAAAUUACCAACCACAUGUCAGAAUGCAAAAUAUGACACUCACCAGUCUGGUCCAGAUCUUAAGAAAGAUCAAUCCAAGAGCCCAGUCUUGAUACAAUAGGAAAACUGGGCUCUCAUUCACAGGCACGCGCAUUGGUACAAUGACCAGCAGUUCAAAAAGCAGUCCAAUCAAUACAGGAAUGACGAAAAUCUGAAAAGCGCGGCGAAAGAGUUAACAUUACAGAAUCCAGAUGGCAUUAACUAAAACUGUGAACAGAAAAGAUGUAUGCAUACCCAUAUUGAUAGAAGGGCAACACUCUUCGUAACAAUGCCACACCAUUUCCAAACUUGCUUCAUCAAAACCGAGGCCCUCCUUUUUCUUAUCUGCUCAACUGAGUACCUCACCCCAGCAAAAGCAGUCCAAAUGACGUAACUUCCAAUCACAAAUGCAUAUAGAUCUUACCAGAAAAAGGAAAAAUGAGACAUUGAUGUUAAGUCUAUCAUCAAGCUAAAGUAAUAGAAUAUCAAAGCCAGAAUCCACCACAUACCAUUGCACUUUAUUCCGUGUGUUAUAGGGAGAAGAGGAAGGGCAUUAAACAAUAUUCGUCCAAGAGAGACAGGUACAACAAUCAGGGAAGAGUUAAAGAUGAGGAGAGUAAUCCAAGCCACAAUCAAUAGCAAAACAAUGCGAAGGAUAAAACUGCACCGG